AUGGAGUCUGAGCUUGCCAUGAGGGACUCUGAGCUUACUGCGAGGGAGUCUGAGCUUACUGAGAGGGAGUCUGAGCUUACUACGGCGGAGACUGAGUUUACAGUGAGGGAGUGUGACCUUACAAUGAGGGAGUAUGAGCUUACUAAGAGGGAGUCUGACCUUACAACGAGGGAGUCUGAGCUUACAAUGAGGGAGUCUGACCUUACUAAGAGGGAAUCUGAGCUUACAAUGAGGGAGUAUGAGCUUACUAAGAGGGAGUCUGACCUUACUAAGAGGGAAUCUGAGCUUACAAUGAGGGAAUAUGAGCUUACUAAGAGGGAGACUGACCUUACAAUGAGGGAGUCUGAGCUUACUAAGAGGGAAUCUGAGCUUACAAUGAGGGAGUGUGAGCUUACUAAGAGGGAGUCUGACCUUACAACGAGGGAGUCUGAGCUUACAAUGAGGGAGUCUGAGCUUACAACAAGGGAGUCUGAGCCUACAAAGAAGGAGUCUGAGCUUACAACGAGGGUGUCUGAGCUUACAAUGAGGGAGUCUGAGCUUACAAUGAGAGAGUCUGAACCUACAACGAAGGAGUCUGAGCUUACAACGAGGGUGUCUGAGCUUACAAUGAGAGAGCCUGAGCUUACAACAAGGGAGUCUGAGCCUACAACAAAAGAGUCUGAGCUUACAAUGAGGGUGACUGAGCUUGAAAUGAGGGUGUCUGAGCUUACAAUGAGAGAGUCUGAGUUUACAAUGAGAGAGUCUGAGCCUACAAUGAAGGAGUCUGAGCUUACAAUGAGGGAGUCUGAGCUUAAAACAAGGGAGUCUGAGCCUACAACGAAGGAGUCUGAGCUUACAACGAGGGUGUCUGAGCUUGCUAUGAAGGAGUCUGAGCUUGCUAUGAAGGAGUCUGAGCUUGCUAUGAGGGAGUCUGAGCUUGCUAUGAAGGAGUCUUAG